AUGCCACCCUCCGGCGCGGUGCGUGCGGUGCUGGUCGUCGGCUUCGAAUCAUUCAACGCCGCCCUGUAUCGCGCGGCGGGGGAGCGUCUGCUUCACCUCCAACCGCCAGUUCAGCUGUCGGUCUUUAGCGACCGCGAUCUGGAUGCUGGGAAGGCCGAGCUCGCUGCCGCCCUGAAGGAAGCGGACGUCUUCUUUGGGUCCCUGCUCUUUGACUUUGACCAGGUGGAGUGGCUGAAGGCACGCAUUGAGCACAUCCCCAUUAGACUGGUCUUUGAGUCUGCCCUGGAGCUCAUGUCCAGCACCCAAAUGGGGGGCGAGUCCAAGUCCAAGGGACCCCCCCCUGCCGUCCAAAAGGUCCUCAAACUCUUUGGGAGCAAGCGGGAGGAGGACAAGUUGGUGGGGUACCUGAGUUUCCUGAAAAUCGGGCCCAAGCUCCUCAAGUUCCUACCAGGCAAGAGGGGGGUCAAGGAAGGGGUCCAGGGGAGCGGCAUGUUCCCGGACGCGGCGCGGUACAUGGCGUGGUACCGCCGCACGCACCCCGGUGCGGCCGCCGCCCCGGUGGUGGCGGUGCUGCUGUACCGCAAGCACGUCGUCACGCGCCAGCCCUACCUCUGGGACCUGGUGACGGCCCUGGAGGCGGGGGGCCUGCUGCCCCUCCCCAUCUUCAUCAACGGGGUGGAGGCCCACGUCAUCGUGCGCGACGCCCUUACCUCGGCGCACGAGGCCGCGCUGGUGGCGGCGCACGGGCGCGGCGCAGCCAGCCCCACUCUGGCGCGUGACGCGGUGGCCGUGGACGCCAUCGUCAACACGGUGGGGUUCCCACUGGUGGGCGGGCCGGCGGGGACCAUGGAGGGCGGGCGCCAGGCGGAGGUGGCGCGCUCCAUCCUGGCCACCAAGAAUGUGCCCUACCUCGUGGCCGCGCCCCUGCUCAUCCAGGAGGGUUAUGAUCUCGGCGGCGUGGACCUGGAGGCCCUGGAUGGGGAGGCCAUUGUAUCGGCACUCAGGCAGGCGGCCGAGGGGCUCAGGGUAGCGCGGGGCCCUGCCGGCAUGCGGGACCUGGAGGCUGGCCUGCCCGCUGGCGUGAGCAUCAGCGCCGCAGAGGUCCCGCCCUCCGAGCUGAAGCGUAUGCUGGAGUUCCCCGCCGACUGGGGGCCCAGCGAGUGGGGUCCCAUCCCCUUCCUGCCCGACCGUGACACUCUGGUACGGCGCAUGGAGAAGCACUGGGGGCCCCUGGACAGCUACCGCGGGAUCGCCAGCAGCUCAGCCGGCGGCCUGGUCAUCACGGGCGUCCAGAUCGGCAAGGUCUGGAUCGGCAUCCAGCCGAUGCUGGGGAUCGAGGGGGACCCAAUGCGCCUGCUGUUCGAUCGGGACCUCACGCCGCACCCGCAGUACGCCGCCUUCUACCUCUGGCUCCAGGGGGCGCAUGGGGCGCAUGCGGUGCUGCACUUUGGCAUGCACGGCACGGCGGAGUGGCUGCCGGGCUCGCCCCUGGGCUCCUCGGCCCUCAGCUGGCCGGACGUGCUGCAUGGCGACAUGCCCAACAUUUACCUCUACGCCGCCAACAACCCCUCCGAGUCGCUCGUGGCCAAGCGCAGGGGGUUUGCCACUGUGAUCAGCCACAACGUGCCCCCCUACGGCCGCGCGGGGCUGUACAAGCAGCUGGCGGAGCUGAGGGAGCUGCUGGCUGACUAUCGGGAAGCCCCUGGGUCCAGCAAAGACAUGCGGGGCACCAUCGUCAGUCUUGUCGUGGCCUCAGGCCUGGAUGAGGAUGUGGUUCUGGAACAGGACGGGGUCACCUUUGACGCAGACAUCGUGGGCGACCUUUCACUGGAGGCCUUCAACAGCUUCACCUUCCGCCUGACCCAGUACCUCCAGCUGCUGGAGGGGCGCCUCUUCUCCUCGGGCCUGCACGUGCUCGGCAAGCCGCCCAGCCGCGAAGAAAGCCUGGAAUACCUGGCCGCCUACUUCGGCGACAGGGUCCCACGCGAGGCGCUGGAGCGCGUGGCGGCGGGGGAGUCCGUUCAGAACGUGCACGUCGGCGGUGCGGCACAUCCCGAGGCCCCGAGCCUGCUGGAGGAGGCGCAGAGCAUCGCCUCGCUUCUGGGGCAGAACGGCGAGGAGCUGCGUGGCCUGACGCGCGCGCUGAGCGGGCAGUGGGUCCAGCCGGCGCCGGGCGGCGACCUGCUGCGGGACGGGCCGGGUGUACUGCCCACGGGCCGCAACAUCUUCGCCCUGGACCCGUACCGCAUGCCCUCGCCCGCUGCGCUCCUGCGCGGCAGCCGCGCCGCCGAGUCCAUUCUGGCGGCCCACAGGGAGCAGAAUGACUCUGCCUUCCCCGAGACCGUGGCGGUGAACCUGUGGGGUCUCGACGCCAUCAAGACCAAGGGAGAAAGCGUGGCCAUCGUGCUGCACCUGGUCGGCGCCCGGCCAGUGAAGGAGGGGACGGGGCGCAUCGCAAGAUUCGAGCUCAUACCCUUGGAAGGCAAGGCAGAUGCUCUGAUGUGGUUGGGUCGGCCCCGCAUUGAUGUCCUUUGCAACAUGAGCGGCAUCUUCCGAGACUCGUUCCAGAACGUUGUGGAGCUCCUGGACGACAUGUUCCAUAGGGCGGCUGCCACCGAUGAACCCGAGGACGCCAACUUCAUCCGGAAGCAUGCACAGGAGAUGGCAAAGGAGGGCCACUCUCAGACAGCAGCCCGCCUCUUCUCCAAUCCCAAAGGCGACUACGGCUCCAUGGUGAACGAGCGCGUCGGGGCCUCCAACUGGGAGUCUGGCGAGGAGCUGGGCGACACCUGGUCCUCGCGCAAUGCCUUCAGCUACGGGCGCGGCGGGGAGCGGGGCCGGGCUCGGCCUGAGGUGCUGGACUCCCUGCUUUCCACCACGGACCGCGUGGUGCAGACGGCCACGGGCCGGGAGGACACCCCCCCGCGGGAGCUGGAGGAGGUGCUGCGCCUGGAGUACCGCUCCAAGCUGCUGAACCCGCGGUGGGCGCAGGCCAUGGCCGCGCAGGGGUCGGGCGGCGCGUUCGAGAUCAGCCAGCGCAUGACGGCGCUGCUGGGCUGGGGGGCCACCACGCGAUUCGCCCCCGGCUGGGCCUGGGACCAGGCGGCGGAGACAUACGCGCUGGACCCCGACAUGGCAGACAGGCUGAGGGAGGCCAACCCGGAGGCCUUCCGCAACCUGCUGCGGCGCUGCCUGGAGGCGGCGGGGCGGGGACUCUGGACCCCGGGGGAGGGGGUCCUGGAGGGUCUGCAGCAGCUGGAUGCCGACAUGGAUGCAGAGCUGGAGGGUGUGAGGAGAUGA